AUGUUUCGAAUGAUGGGGCACGUUUCUGUGGUGGCGGUUGUGGUACUGGUGAUGGUACGCGACUCGAUGGAAGAGGACAUGGGACCGCCAACGUUGCCUACUCGGUCGGGGGUGAAAACGUGGGUGGACGUCGACACCCCCGAGCACGCCCGACGCAAGCAGUCGUCUCGGGGGGACGACUGGCAGUUGGUCAUGAGCGACGAGUUCAACCGGGACAAUCGGUCGUUUGUGGCAGGGGAGGACCACUUGUGGACGGCGCUGGAUAUCCCCGAUGGAGUGAAUGCUGCGCUGGGCUGGUACAAUUCGUCCAACGUGUACACGAAGGACGGGCGGCUGGUGGUGCGGGUUGACGAGGGCCCUCGCAACGCCACGUACUUCAAUCAGUGGCUUGAGAUCCCCGCUUGGGAAACGCGCACUAUGCACUACACUGGGGGGAUGCUGCAGUCGUGGAACAAAUUUUGCAUCCAGGGGGGGCUCAUUGACGUGGCCGUGAAGCUUCCGGGGGCUGUGGACGCCAAGUCCUGGAACCCACAUGUGCGCAAGAAGGUGAAACCCACGGAUCCAAUCACGGACGUUCGGUUCUAUCCGACAUGGCCGGGGGUUUGGCUUAUGGGGAACCUGGGCCGCGCUCUUUUUUCAGGCUCCACGACACGAAUGUGGCCGUGGAGUUUCAACGAAUGUGAUCACGCAUUGGCGCCGCACCAGGCCAUCAAUGCAUGCAACGGCAGUGUUGGCUUUGGACUGAACCCGUACCAAGGGCGAGGGGCCCCCGAACUGGACGUGCUUGAGGGGGGGGGAGUUGGCAUCUCGUCGUCGCUUCAAAUCGCCCCCGGCAUGCCAGACGCGUACCGCACGCUUCCCCCCAUCACGACAGCCCCGUAUUACGACGUGUGGUACUGUACGUAUACCAAAACGUGUCGCACUCCCGGCGCCAACCUUGCAGAUGCCCCCACGAGUAUGUACGUCAACCGAACGCACAAGAGCUGGUACCAAGGCCUGCGGUAUGCUGCCAACCUUCGAUGUCCGUCCAAUCGGCAACAAAAGCAGUCGUUUGACCAGGUGUGGGCCGCAAGGGGAAACAUCACAGCCAACACUUACGACAAGACUCAAAUGAGCGCGGGGCAAGAUGUCCACGCCGACUUGGGGUGGAUGGACAACGAAAAGCGACGGUGGGGCAUCAAUGCCAACGGUUCGAUGUGUUUUGCCAUUGGCAACGGAUACACGGGGACGUUUUUGUGUGACCCUGACAGCUACAACCCGAAAUGUGCCGCCCCUCGUCGUCAGGGGGUCGAGCCCACCAAGCAAAUGGACUCGUUUGAGUACCAGAUGGAUGCCAUCUCUGCGAAUUGGAACAUCAACUUUGAAGCAUACACGACUUUGUAUCGGUAUUCUUUGGAAUGGGUCAUGGGCCCCCAAGGGUACGCCCGAUGGAUGCUUGAUGACAAUCCAAUUUUUGAAGUCCCCGCGUCGUCAGUGGAGAAGGUGCCGCAAGGGGGCGCGACCCCCAACCCGUCCAAGUUGAUGAUUGAAGAGCCGUUGUAUUUGAUCAUGAACAUUGCCGUGGCCAAGUCCUGGGGGGCGACGCCCCCCAACGUAAACAUCGGACCGUGUCGAGGCGAUCCCACGAAUCCCCCGAAGUACUCGGCGGCAUGGAACCUAUCCAACAACAUUUGCAACUCGUUUCCCAUGUUUAUGGAAAUCGAUUAUAUCCGCAUCUAUCAAGACCCGACGCGCAUGUCAGUGGGCUGCGACCCUGCCAGCCACCCCACCAAGGAGUGGAUUGCGGGGCAUCUCGACAAGUACACGAACGCGAACAACCCCCAUGUGGUCGUUACAGGGCGUGCCACGUGUCGAACAGACGACGACUGCACCGUGGACGCAGUCGCCAUGACGGGUCAUUGCCGCCGUGGUCGGUGCGAAUGCUUGAAAAGCUACGGCGGUCCUCGAUGCACAAAAUUCAUCCCCGGGCCCCUGGACGGCCCCACCGUGUUCCAUAGUAUGGUGCUGGUCGGCGUCUGUGCCACCCUUCUGCUUGUCACGUGCGUACUGCGAGCAGGCCGCAUGCGCUCGGCGUGCGCCGAAGCCCACCACCGGCGCGAGCUUCGAUUGAACGCUGACGACGACGACGAAUGUGAUGACGAUGGAAGCGACGACCACGUCCAAGGCGAAGGAUCGUCGGACGACAGCGAAGGCCGGCACCACAACCACUCGCAUUGUUUUUAACUGUGCCCCUCGGCAUGUACUACUUACUUAUUUUUGGUAGGAUUCUUCAUAGUCUUGUUCCUAUGGGUUACAUCAAGUGCUGCGAGAUGCCGCGGUUGAGGCGUCCAGUGUGUCGAAUCGGCUCCUUCAAAAUGCCUUGGCGCAAAAACGAUUCGACAAAACUCACCAAGUCGCUAAAGAUGGCCGUGCCUUCCCGCACUUCGUGGGGCGGCACAAUCGAAUACGAUCCCUGUGAUAUGUAUAUAUCAUACAAGAUAACGUUAGAAAUGUGAAUACCUCGC